AUGGCGAGACCCAUAAACGCGACGGCCAGACAAAUCGCCUCCUCGUCCCCCACCGUCACCGUAACCCUAGAGAAUCCCGCUUCAUCGGCGUCCUCUCAACAGCCUCCACAACAGCAGCAACCGGAGACGCUGGUCCUCAAGCUCAACCGGAAGAAGAAGGUCACGUGGAAGGAGGGCACAGUGGACAACGAGUUUAUGCAGAAGAAGAGUUCCAAGAAGUGCUGCAUCUUCCACAAGGAGAAGCCCUUCGAAGACGACGACAGCGACCAAGACGACGACCACCACUACCACCACGACGACCACAAUCACAAUCACAAUCACAAUCACGACGCCUCUUGUUCUAAGGACCACUGA